AUUUCUUUUUACUUAGAUUAGAUUAGAUUAGAUUACAUAGAUAGAUAUCCACCAAAAAUAUUUAUCCUAUAUAUUCUCUAUUUAAUUUCCCCCCUUUUUCCGAAAUUCAUUUUUCCCCAAAAAAACAAAAUAAACCAAUAUUCCAAUUCCAAUUCCAAUUAGUGGUCCUAUAUAAACAGUUAAAGCACACUUCCUUAGAUUUGUAAGAAUAGGACUAAUUAGUGAAAUUUGGGUUGGUGGGAGUAUCAGAAUAACCACAAAAAUCAAACAAUAACAGUAACACUUUACUACUACUACGACUAAUCAUAUAUAUCUUUCUUUAUUUCUAUAGCUUAUUCUCCUAUUAGAUGGGAUUAUUUAGGGUUUAACAUCCACAAAAACCACUGAUUAUAAUCUAAGUGUGAUUAUUAAUUCUAAUUUAGAUCUCAAACACACACACACCUAAUGGAAACAAACAUGUCAACAACAACUUUAGGUUACAAUAAAAAUUCUUCUUCUUCUUCACCACCUCAACAAGUUCACACAUUAAUCUUCAAUAAUCAAACUCAAAUUUCACAUAAUAAUCUUCAUCCAACAAUCACAGAUCCAGAUCUAACCGUUACAACAACAAUACCACCACCACCACCACCACCACCAGAACCACCACAACAACAACAGCAGGAACAAACAAAAACAUGUUACCGUGAAUGUCUGAGAAACCAUGCUGCAAGCAUGGGAAGCCACGUGGUAGAUGGAUGUGGAGAAUUCAUGCCAAGUGGUGAAGAAGGUUCACCACAAUCCUUCGUAUGCGCCGCUUGUAACUGUCACCGGAAUUUCCAUCGAAAACAUUUUCAACAACUUCAUCAACAACAUCAACAACAAACACAAAAUGUUCAAAAUGUUGAAAAUGUUCAUAAUGUUCAUAAUUUUCAUACACCUUCAUCAUCAUCACAAAGAUUUUCACAUGCUAAUUCACAACAAGCAAUUAUUGUUCCACCUUUGAUGAUGAAUUUUGGAUCAGGAGCAGCAGAAUCAUCAAGUGAAGAUCUAAAUAUCUCAGGUGGAGAAUUUUCAAUUCAGAAUCAGCAGAAGAAACCGGCGUUGAAGAAGCGGAUAAGGACGAAAUUCUCGCAGGAACAAAAGGAUAAGAUGAUGGAGUUUGGUGAAAAAAUUGGAUGGAAGAUUCAGAAACAUGAUGAACAUGAAGUUCAACAGUUUUGUUCACAAGUUGGUAUUAAGAGACAAGUUUUUAAAGUUUGGAUGCAUAAUAACAAACAAGCUAUGAAGAAACAACAACAACAACAACAACAAAUGUAAGGUUAAUUAACUCAUUUCAUUUUUUGUUCAUGUUGUUUCAAAAAUAAUAGAAGGAAAAGGAAUAAGAAUAGCAUAUUAAAUGAAUAAAAAUUAGAUUAGAUGUUCAUAUAUUUUAAGACAAUAGUAGUAGUAGUAGAAUCUAAUAUGUUUGAAUUUGCAAUGAAAUUAUCAGAAUCACACUGAAUUAAUGCAAGUUUUACAAAAACUACAUUUUCGAAAUUCAACUAAGUGAUAUAUUUACUCUAAUUUCGUCGAACUCAUCGUUCAUCCACCUAUGAUUGGUAUAUUCAAUUACAAUGUGUGGUCUAGUCCAAAUUUUUAACCAAACACAUUUAUUAUAUUUUAUUUGUUUUUUUUUUUAAAAAAAAAAACGACAUAUGUUAGUGCGUUAAUUUGUUAAUUUUUGUUGGAGGUGAGAAUUGAAUCUGAGACCACUCUCAUCGUUUCACUCUUUAACUCUUCCACUUCAGCCACCAAACCAAUCCGGAUUUUUAGUUAUAUUAAUAUGAAAAUAUGCAUUGAUUCUUAGUUUCUCACCCCUUUAUUCCUUUUCAGUGACUAGCCAUUUUGUUCUUAGAGUAGACAUUUGAGAGAAAGAAGAAAAAUAAGAGGGAUGAGGACAAAUUUAUUAUAACGCUUUAUUAUGUUGUUUGUUAUAACUAACUAAGGAUUAGGGUACUAUUUGUAGGUUGUAACAAUAUUUGAUUUGAUGCGUAAUGUUUGAGAACUAUAUUUUUUAAUAUAAUGGGGGCCUUGGUUCUUGAACCUAUUGGGUUUCUAUGGUAAUCAAUGUUGAAGAAAAUUGGAUCCCACCACAAUUUUGUACUUCAUAUAGGACAACACCGAAACAUGAUUUUAGGAGACAACAUCUGUUCUUUUCUCGAAUUUGAUUAAAGUUUAUAUAUUGUCUCUAUAUGAGUAAGAUGAAGAAAUAACUAAAAUGAUUACAAAUGAACAAGGAUGAAAAAUGGUGGAGGGGACUCAUCAUAUUUAUUUGUCCAUUGUACAUCUUGCAGAUGGUGAAAGUAAAUUAUUUUUUGUCAUUUUGUUUUGUGUGAGAAAUUUAUGAGAUCUGAUGAGAGUGGUCAUCAUCAUGAUAGCCAGAAAGUAAUAAGCUCAAUCAGUUUCUAAAUCGAAUGAACCAUUGAAAUCUAUUAUUAUGAAUGUUAUUAAGUAUAGUGGUAUUGAAGUUAUGUUGUAGUCUUACAUUAUGAGGAUUUAUUUCUAGGUCGUGUUGUACCUGUACAUGUGUUUAAAUGUCU